AGAGUGACGGGAGUAGACAAAGGCGAAAUAUAUUCAACACAGCAAGGAUGCAUAAGCUAAUAUUCUGCUGUCUCACUAUCAUCAGCUUCUCCUGCCCUCUGUUGUCUCUCCCCAUCAUCAACGGCAGCGAGAUGUCUUACCAGCUCUCAGCUGAUGAAGAUUCAAGAUUAAAUCUGGAGCAGCUGGGCAGCCCAGGAAGCGCUUCCCUGCUUCACUUUCUGCCAGAGCUCCUGGGCACCCUGACUGACGACAACAAAGCAGGUCUUAGCCCCAGAAACUACAACCCAAGGGAAAAUACCAAAGAGGCUUCCUAUGGAAACCAUCCUCGAAUCGCUUUGCUGGGCCGCUUCUUGACCCAGAAGGACAGGAAACAGUAUAAGAAACGUGGGAAUCUUUCUGAGUGCUUCUGGAAAUAUUGCGUGUAAACAGAUGAAGAAACCCUCCCCGACUCGGGCUGCAUCAUUUAUACAGAU